AUGCGCUGCGACAGCUGUAUCAAGUGCUGCUCGUCUACCCGCGCAAGCUGCGGCGCGAACCACCCCAGCUGUACCACGUUCACAGAAGCCAAGCUGCCGAACCGACUACGGGCUCUGUGCUCCAGCAUCGUCCAGCAGUGCUUUGAUGACGAGCCCGAGGUAUUCAAAAGUCUGUCGAACCGGCAGCUGCUCGAGUUCAUACUGCCGGCCACUCUCGCCCUGGGCGGCGACUCGGCCCUCACGCGUCACCUUCCCUUCUUCGUGCAGUGCGUGACCACACAAGACCCGGUCUUUCGCACGUCGGCCUUCCCUGGACUCAUCCUGAGCCGUACCCAAGCCAUUAAGCCUGUGGAAACGCAUAUGGCCGAGUGGCUCACCAACGCCCGCAACGCUCUCGAACAGAAGGACUCCUCUUCCUCUUUGAACAUUACGGGCGCCAAUGCCGUGACGGAGCUCAACGGAAUGCCGGCGCAGUCCUUCUUCACGGUGCUGAACGCUGUCGGGCAGUUUAGCGAGGACCAGAUCUCCAACACCUGCUCCUUCUCCAUCCUCUACCAGUGGAUCAACCUGCUCUAUGGCCCGCAGUCCUCCUAUCACGACGAAUUCGAAAUGAGUUUUCCGUUCAAGGAGGCGACGAUCAAGUACUGCCUGCGGCUGAUCGACCAGUCGAACCUGAAGCCGGGCGGAGACGGCAGCGCGCCGGCCAAGGCCAUCAAAGGCUUCGGCGGAGACUACCCCGACCUCGUGCUCGUGGAGGCCAUCAGGAUCCUCGAUCUCGUCUGCCGGCUCGACACAGCCCAAGUGCCAUCGCUGUUCCCGGCAGUCAAGAAGAUCUUCAACCGGGACAGCACCAAGAAGAACGGCCAGGUGUUCCUCGCGCUGCUCCAGUUUUUCGUCAAUCACGGCAUCGUCGUGGGUUACGACGUCGAACCCGUCUUCCGCACCUUUUUCGAAUCUUAUCUUUCCACUCAUUACAACAACGCAAGUUUGGCCUUCCAGACGCUCAGCUUCUUCCUCACGAACAAGCGACAACUGUUGCAGCACACCAGCGUCUUCACCCAGUAUUUCCCUCCCCUGGUCAAGCUCUUGGCCUGGUUUCCCUAUUCCUAUCAGAGCGAAUUUUUGGAACUCUUGCCGGCGUUCAUCUCUCCGGCGACGUUCAUCGAACUCUUUCAUCUCAUUCUCGACCUUCCGCUCGUGGCUGCCGCCCUCGAACGCAUCGAAUACGAUACAAUGUUCUACACCGGCGAGGAGGAGGCGCCUCCGUCCGAGUUCCGCGUGCUGUACAAUUACGUGUUGAGAAACGAGAGCGGCGUGUCCAUCAACUUCUGGGAGUCCUCCACGACCCUGGAGAAACUACACGACUUCUUCAAGGUCACUCCGUUGACUGCCCGAGUGGUCGCCGCGGGGGAGGUCGUGCCGCGACUCCUGGACGUCUACUUCGAUGUGAUCAUCCAACACGGCCUCUCAUCCCACCUCCACGAGCUUCUGCCCGUCCUCUUUGAACGAGUAGAUCAGCUGUUCCCGUACAAGGACUUCCAAAAGGAGGCCAGGAAGGCCAUGGUGAUCAAGGUGAUGGCGAUCUUCCACAAGUAUCCGUCGUUCGUCGUCACCUUCAAGGACGCCAUCAUCGAGAUCAUGCGCGACGGCACGCACCCCAACCGCAAGGAACUGAUCCUCACCCUGUGCUGGCUCGUGGGCGAAUACGCCUCGUCCUCCGUCUCGCACCUUUGCACGCCACGCAUCGUCGCCGAGUACCACGAGGUGCUGGAGACCUUCGCGUUCGAGCGGAUGUCGUUGGCCAAGAUGGAGCUGACGGACCCCGACGCCGCGUUCUUCAUGUCGUCGGCCUCGGCGGUGCCGGCUGCGCUCGCCACCUCGGCCGAGCCCCUCUCGGCCGAGCGCCUGGACGAGGAGCGGGCCGAGGAGAAGGCCUACUCCACGCGCCUCAUGAUCAUCGUCAUCUCUGCGCUGGCGAAGCUGGCCUCGCGAUUGCAGGACCUGGGCUCGCGCGUGAUCAUCUGCCUGGCCAAGGUCAUCAAGCAGAAGGAGUGCUUCCACGCCUCCGUCCACCAGCGCGCCCACGAGUGCAUCCAGAUCCUCCGCUUCCCCAGCAUCGCGUCGGCCAUUCUGGACACGCGGAUGGGCAUGGACGGCGGGUUCGCCCACUACGACGAGAACUCGGCGCUGCCGUUCGUCCUCUUGCCCUCGGCCGAGUUCGUGCCCGACACCCAACCCAUCCACGAAUUCGAGAUCGCCUGA